ACCAACUCCUGCUGUGGUGCUCCUAACCACUACUACUGUCGCUCCUUCUCACCAUACACCCACCACCCACCCAAGUCACUCGUUACUGCUCUGCAGCCCGCCCCCCUCUUUCCGGACCUGCGCCAACCGCAACUCGCGCCUUCUGCACACUCCCACGGCCUCUGCCUCUACCGUACUCCUUCGACGCAUACACUGUCUCGUGUCGGCCAUGAGCACGUGAAGUCGCCGUCAAUUUAUUGCUCGCCGACAUCAUCUAUCGCUGCCUAUCCACCGAGCAAGCUUAUACAUCACUAAUCCUCUGUUCGACGACCGCGCGCCAGCGACGCUGCCCCGGCGCGGCGCGACAUACGCAUGCAAUGCGAAACAUAAUACACCAGCUGCUGGCCUUGGGGCCGGAGCUGGCUGCAUACAUCCUCACAGUACCCCUUCUCGGUGCUCACGUCGCACAAGCAGCCUUCACUCAGACCGCCGUGUCGUCACCCAAUCUCGACCUAUCACAGUUAGGCCGCGUCGCUGUGGGAGGUGACUUCGAUAGCAUAUCGCUAUACACAUACCAAGGCCAGAACGAGAAUACAAGUACCAAUGGCAGCCAAUCAUUACUCACACGAUACCCCGAUGGAGCCUUCCAGUCGCUCGCAUUGGCCGAUGCCGAUGCUUCCAUACAGGCCAUGUGCGCAUUCGUAGCGCGAGAUGGCAAGCUCAAUGGAGUCGUAGUUGGCGGAAACUUUACCAGUCUGGGAGGCGUGCCAUCGAACGCCGUGGCCCUGUGGAACCCGGCAGACGACUCCAUUACAGCAUUGGAUGGACUGACUGGCCAAGUGCAAGCAUUGUACUGUGACCAGAAAUCAGCGACAGUGUACGUUGGAGGGAACUUCAUGGCGGGAAACUCGACGAAUGCCAUGGCGUGGACUACCGGAUGGGUGAAUCUACCAUUUGCCGGUUUCAAUGGCGAAGUCAACUCCAUUACGAAGAACGCGGCAGGAAACAUCGUAUUCGCUGGUCAAUUUGAUGGACUGGGCAACGCCACCGGCCCAUCAACGCCCGAUCAGCAAGUCAUCAGCCUUAGUAGUGGAACCAUCUCUGCUGAGGGCAGUUCGACACUCGCUGGCUUCGCUGAUCCCAAGAACAUCGUUUGCAAGACCGGCGAAAGCGAUGGAUCCGGCAACACCUGGCUACUGGCCGACAACAGGCAAGGAUUUUGGGAUGCCACCUACGGAUUUGGCUUCAACCCGACCAAAUUGCGCCUGUACAACACUGCCUACCAGGGCCGCGGCACCAAGACAUUCCACUUUGAGGAAAUGAACAGCGGUGGUAUCCUCAACCUCACCUACGUCGAUCCAACCACAGGCCGCAACGAAUCUUGCAUUCAGCAGUGUCCGCUGCCGCAGGGAAACACCACUGCCCAGGACUUCCACUUCGUGGCCCACGUCGGCAUGAGCCACUUCCGCAUUUGGAUCACCGAUUGGUAUGGCGCUGGUGGAGGACUGAGUGGCAUCGAAAUGUUUCAGGAUGACAUCUACAGCUUUGCUGUGGAUUCGUUCAAUGAGCCCAAGUGCGAUGGUGUCAGCGCUGGUGCUACCUCGAGUAGUUCUCCUGCUAAUACGUGGGCUGAGGUCGAGGGGCAUGGCUACACUGCUUCCAACUUCUUGUCUGCCACACUCAAAUCCACGUCUCAGGUCGGUCCAGACACCAAUGUCGUCUUUCGUCCGAACAUCCAACAAUCUGGCAACUACUCCGUCAUCUUCUACACUCCUGGCUGCAUUCAAGAUGGCACCUGUGCCACGCGAGGAAUUGCCAAUGUGACGGCAUCCAUGACCUCGAGGGAUACCCCAAUCACGACUACUGUCUACCAGACCAACAACUACGACAAGUUCGACCAAAUCUACUACGGAUACAUCGAUGCCGAGAACUUCCAGCCUACCGUGACAUUGUCGCCAAUGGCUGGACAGUCGGUGCCUUUGACAGUCGUCGCUUCUCGCGUUCGCUUCGACCUCGUUGGUGGUUCUUCUGGCGGCCUCAAUGGGCUGUACGAGUACAACCCAAACCAGCUCAACACUGACAACACCGACUUCUCCAGCUCGAAAAUCAACACUGCGGGCACCUCGCUUAACUCAAACGCAGAUGUCAGCACAGUCAUCGAACACAACGACGUCCUUUACGUCGCCGGACGAUUCUCUCGUGGCGGCAUCUCGAACGUCAUGUCGAUUGGCAGCGGGAAUGCCACAGCAUUGCCAAAGGGAGGUCUGAAUGGCGAUGUCUUGGCUAUGCGACUCAAUGGGUCUACACUGUACCUCGGCGGCACUUUCAAUAACACUGCAGAGGGCUCCACAGAUGGACUUGAGAAUGUGGCGAGCUUCAACAUCGACAAAAAUGAAUGGGGUGCACUUGGUGCAGGCGUAAAUGGCGCUGUCUCGGACAUCGUUCCGCUGCAGUUCAACAUCACUGCCGGGAAUGAACAAAGCUGCCUUGGCAUCAGCGGCAACUUCACAUCGGUCAACGCUGCCAACGGACACGCCGCCUUCGAUGUCGAUGGAUUUGCUUUGUGGGUGAUUGGCAAAAACAGCUGGCUUCACAACAUCGCAAAUGCCAGUGUAGCAUUCAGCGGCACCUUGACCGCGUACGCCGAAGUGCCGGGCAUGGAGCCAGUCUAUGGAGGCAUGAUCCGUUCACAGGGUCUCGCUUACAGCGACGCUGUUGAGCUCGUUGGCUCUGGUGCACCACAACUGGAGUCGUUGAAUAUCGCAAUGCAACAGUCGACGAACUCGUCUUCGAAAUCUGCCAAGCACAAACGUGCCUUGACUGCCAAUCCGAAUUCUGGAGCAAAUUACACUGGCGUGUAUGAUGGCUUCUUCUACAGCAAGAACAAUCUCAACAUCACCAUUCUUGGUGGAAAGUUUGCUGCCACUGCGAGCAAUGGCUCGACUGUGGAGAACUUGGUCUUCAUCAACACCACUAGCAACAACCAACAGACCGUGACUGGCGUCAGUGGUCUCGAUUCCGACUCUGUCUUCGCCGCAAUGGAUGUAUACGAGACCAAGCUCUGGGCUGGUGGCGCUAUCAACGGUACCGUCAACGGCAACCCAGCUCGAGGUCUUGUUGUGUACGACUUGUCUGGCAACCGCUAUGCCGCGCCGCACCCUCCCGCCCUCGGUGGGGAUACAGUCAUUGUCAACGCCAUCUCCGCCCAGCCGGAAGGUACCAAUGUGUACGUCGGCGGCCGGUUUGAGACGGCAGGAUCACUACCAUGCCGCACGCUCUGCUACUACAACACGCAAGCUCUUCAGUGGCAGAACCCAGGCACCGGUCUUUCGGGCGUCAUCAACGCGAUGAUGUGGACUUCCAAUCAGAACCUGCUCAUUGCAGGCAAUCUCACUAUCAACGGCAACCACACCAUGAUGGCGACGUACGACACCAAGAAGGAGACCUUCACCGAGUUCGCUGGCGCAUCGACACUCCCUGGUCCCAUCAGUGCCAUCUCAGCUGUCAAUGGCGACUAUGAUGAGUUCUGGGUCAGUGGCACGGCGACCAACAAUCAAUCGGUCUUCCUCUACAAGUAUCAGUCAAACACGUGGACUGCAGCGUCUGGACUAGGAGCUGCCACAACGAUCCGCAAGCUUCAAAUCAUGCCACUUACCUCAAAGCAUGCUGACAGCCACUUGAUGUCCAACGAUCAGUCUCUGAUGAUUCUCGGCAAUAUCAACAUCCCAGAUCAAGGCAAUGCCAGUGCAGUACUGUUCAAUGGCACAAGCUACGAGCCAUACAUUCUCACCAACACGGAAGACGGAAGCCAAGGCAGUCUGUCGGCGAUCUUCGUGAGCAACCCACAAGCUUUCAUGGACAAAGAUCAUCAUCAUUUGGGCGUCGGAGCUAUCGUCGCGAUUGGCCUCGCGAUAGCACUAGGGCUGAUCGGCAUUAUUGUCCUCAUUGGCAUCCUGCUGGAGCGGAGAAGGCGAAGAAUAGAAGGCUAUGUUCCGAUUUCUGGCGACAGAAGCGCCAACGUGAACAGACUACCUCCAGAACAACUUUUCUCGAAGCUGGAAGGGAAGCCUAGUCCGCCCCGGAUAUGAGAGAGCUACAUGAAGCAUUGCUUGUUUGUUCUAUCGAUAGAAGAAGAAGAAGAAGAUCACGCCGUCACGACCGUAUUUGUUCACGACCACGUCUGAGAUUUGGACUUACUUGCUGGCUCCGUCCGCAUCAUUCUGGACGAGACGGACCCAGCGAGUUGUUUUUGGCGACUCAUUGCACAUUUGCACGCUCAAGAGAUACCACUGCGUUUUUUUUGCUCUGCUGCUCUGCGCUGCUGUUUUUGUUGGCUAUGCUGCUGUCGAUCCUUUAGCGAUUUUGCAUACACCCCAGACACGGAUCAGCUCCACAGCUGGAAACCACCACCGCCACCACCUUUUCCUAUAGCCAUUACUUUUUGCUGUUGUUGCACAAAUACGGCCGCUGUACUUUCGCUCGAAGAUGAAAGAGUCUUGGCUGCCCAACUCUCUCGUUCGAGCUUGAGCAUACAUGACUAAUCUAAUCUUUGGGCAUGCCGCCAUAAUGUAUUUAUGUCUUUUGUUGGAGAAAAGGAAGGGAGGGAAGGGAUGCGGGUGUGCUCGCGAAUGUUGCAUGGGACAGGGGUAGGGCGGUUUCGAGAGUGGAAGGGAAGGGAAGAAAGAGUAUGUAGCAUAGCAUAGCGAGCGAGAAUGGAGCUGAAGGAGUUUCAAUGUG